AGUCUCCGCUGAAACUCCGUGGGGGUCGGUCGCAUUGAAAGUCGGUGAGGUGCCGAUUCGCAAGUUAAGCCUAAUUUCGAAUGUCGAAGUUGUAUUUGAUUUUCUCUUUUUAAAUUUUUGUGGAUUAAGUGAUUUCUGAUACUUUAGGCAUGUUCGUGAGUUGAAGUACCUGUACUAAGAAUCAUGAUUUCUAACAUGAUUGGCAGAGGAGCUUGGUAAAACAGAACGGAGUUCAAGCAAGAUAUGAAGAUAAAUUCUCAUUUAUUAAAGCACAUACUUAAGUGUUUGAAUUCAAUAAAAUCGUAGACAAAGAUUGUAGACAGUACAAAGUGAAGUCUAAAUGCCUUAUUCAAGAGAAGAGCGCGCUGCAGCUUGCAUGCGCCGACUAUGUUCGACUCGACGACAAAAGGCGCAUUGCUGGUAGCGCCUUCUCUAUCAAACAGUUCGUGCUGGAUGAAUGGCAAAGGUUGGCCUUCGACUCUACCAGCACCCGGAGACAUCGUAAAGGCUUUAUUCAUUUUUGCACUCUCCACUUCAAUUGUCCUUGGGAAUCUCAUCUUAAUCUGCGUUAUGAAUAAUCGACGUUACAUCAAAUAUAUUGGAAAUCAGCCAAGAUACCUGCUGACGUCACUCGCUCUGAACGAUUUGUUCACCGGAAUCUUGAUAGCUCCAGUGGCUCUUCUGCCUGCCCUUUACAAGUGUUGGCCGUAUGGCGAGAUAUUUUGUCAGAUACAGGCUCUGUUGAGGGGAGCCGUGAGUCAACAAAACGCCGUUAUUCUCGUCUGCAUGGCGAUUGACCGUUACCUUUAUUUGUUACACCCGAAUACUUAUCAUAAGCAUUCCAGCAAAAAGGGUUGUGUUUUAGUCAUAAGUAUAACUUGGAUACUCUCUGUUUCGCUGUUCGCAAUCAUGGUUUUGCCGAGAUCCGGGUACUACUUCAACUCAACUGGGCUUAUGGCUUGUGACGUGUUCCACAGUAGGGUUGCGUUCAGGAUAUUGUCAUGCUGUGCCUAUUAUUUCCCUACAACAAUGGCCUUAAUGUACUGUUACGGGUCUGGAUUUCACGUCAGUAAAACUAGGACCAAAUGUGAUGAGCCUAUAAGACCUAAUGGUGUACCCGUGCCGUGCACGAAAACAACACAUGGCGAUCACGAAAUUGUGAUACAAGCUCCUGUGAGACCUCAUAGCGUCAGCACGUCCAGAACAAUGGCCGCUAUGUCUUUGGGUUUUAUUGUGAUGGUUACGCCAGCUACUAUUCAGGAAGUUGUUGCGGCUUGUACUGGUUGCAAGGUUCCACCUUCUCUGGACUUUAUCGUGACGUGGUUGGCGUUGAGUAAUAGUUUCUGGAAUCCUUUCCUGUACUGGCUAUUAAAUGGACACUUUAGAAGAAUCAGCAAUGAGCUGUUACAAUAUUAUGUAUGCUGCAGGAGAACGAAACCUUUUCCUCAAAACUAUGAAAAACGAUCUGGAUGCUGCGGUUCACCUAUUCCAUCUGAUUUGAAUUCAAAAGGUGAAUUCGAAGGACUUGGAGAAAAGUAUUGGGGUGAAAUUUUGGAACGCACCGUUUCCUCAACAUCUCUCCAUGCUAUUCAAAAAGCUUGCCACAGAGAGCACCCUCACCGAUGUACAGGGUCCUUCAAAGGCUGCCCCACAAAUGCUUGUAAAUAUGAUCAUAGAUACUUUGAAGGGUACGGUCCCUCUGAUUACCGGCAUUUGGAUAGAUCAGCUUUUCAAAUUGAAUCAUGUUCGAGACACUGUCGAUUAAAAAAUUCUGAUUUUUGUUUGUUUAAACCGAGUCCAAGCCUGGACUGCGGACGAUCGCGCUCUAACCUUAGUUUAGAUGAGAGCAACUUUAUUAAGACUUGUAACGGACGGCAUCCGGAAUUGUGAGAAUACCGAAACUGCCCAGUUUUUGGGCAUAGAAGUAAUAGUAUAGGUAUGUAUCCUGGAGUGGAGCACUUUAAUUCGAACAUUAAAUGGAAAUUUGAUGAUUCUAAUGGUGUCGAUGAUGACAUACAUACUCUUGAACAGAAUCUCGAUAGGAUACGUAGUCUCAGUCAUGAACGAAGUUUCAACGCCUACGGACUCGGUGAAUCAAAUAAUUUGCUAGAAGUAGAAGUGAAUGAUACAACAGAAGAUGAUUCUGAUGAGAAUAAAGAAAUGAAUGGAUGUAUUCGUGAAUCUUGUGACACUGUGGCAGACGGACGACAAAAUGAAUAUGGUGUUGUGAAUAAAUUUUCUCGAAAUUCCUCAUUGUCUAAUAGAGAACUAGAUGUUAUUAAGGAGAGUUCUAGAAGCUCCAGUGACACGGAAGUGACAUUAACUCGAUGACUCGAGACGACACCGAGGGUUACUUUUGAUAAAGCAGUGAAUGUGGUUCACUUAGAUUAUUCAUCAGAACAAAGACAUCAGUGUGACCCAGAAUGUGUGAUGAGUGUUAGAAGAAACAUAUUGUAGUUAAUAUUUUUUGUUAUUUCGUUAAACUAGUGAUGUAGAAUCUGUGGACCAUUAGUAUCUGGUCUUAUUUGUGUGAACAUUUCGGAGGUUUAUUAAAGCCUUCAAAACAAGUUAUUACGUGUCUGUGGGUAGUCUGAACAAUGAAAUUCUAGUAUUCUAUUUAAUAAUAUUAGUACAGAAAUUUAUGAAAGAUUAUUUUAAAAAUAAGGUUUAUAACAUGUACUUAGGUAAAUGUGAAUUUUAUAAUGAUGUAUAUAUGUAAGGUGAAGGUAACGAUAAAUAGUGAUUAGAGCGACUAGAGAUUUUGUGUCAUAAAAAAUCUUGCUCACGAAACAGUAAUUUUAAUGCUGUUAAAUCUGAAAACUGUUUCAGGACUUAAAUAUAUUGAGAUAUUUACACUUAUAUUAAAGCUCUUAAACAAACAUAGCAUACUGUUAAUACUGCAUUCAAAGACUUCUGGCCAAAGUUGUCGUCAAUGUGUCUGAGUUCGAAAACAAUUUAACUUAUUGACUUACUUAGUGAUGGCAGAGUGACUUUGAACAUUCGGAUUAGUACCACUAUACGCAUAAUUGCUGCUGUCAAGUAUUCAUGUUUUUGAUUCGAAGAGUGUUCGAUGAAGUUCGACGAAAUUACAAUAUUUCGAUAAAUUACAAUACUUCGCUAUCUCAAUGUGGGUGGUUAUAUUCGUUCUUGGAUGUUGGCGGAAUUCACUAUUACUUAUUAAUUAAUGUGCCGUGAGCUUGUGGAUAGUACGUAAUCAACCUCAUAAUAAAAUUUACUGUAGCGUAUGCCAGUUGUAACUGGUAUUGCUGUAACAUUUUAACGUCAAUGCAAUGUUCUUAAGAAUAUUUAGGCAAAGAUUCAUAAUUACUGUGAUUUUUUCAUUCGUUACAUAACUUGAAGUUUUAGAGGGGAAAAUGAUACUGGGCUCAUAUUAUAGUUGUUAAUUUUUGUUUGUAAGAAUUAUUAAUCAGAUUAAUGCACCAAUUGUAGGCAGGAGUGCUAAAUGGUUUGAACUGCAAUCAUCGACAUUGAGGUAAUAAAUGACACUAUGAGACCGACCUACAUUAUAAUCUAGUUAUACUGAGAACUAAAGUCGUAUUUUGUGGAAACAUAGUAUAUAAUAGACAUACUAAUUAACAUGCUAUGAUAGCUCCACAAAUAAUGUAAAUAAUAAGACUGUUUGAUGGGAAAAUUCUUGAAAUUGAUCUGAAUCGCACAAUCGUUUUCCUUGUAUACCUACUGUAUUAAUAUGUAUAAUUAUUUGAUUGAUAUUAUUGUUGACGUCUAAAAUAAUGUUUAAGAAGCAGACGAGAAUGAUAAUAAACUGUUUUAAAUAAAA